GGUCGCUUGUUACGGAAUCCCCCCUGUCUUCUGGGAAGUUGUAUCCUUUUCAGCCUAGGUUUGCCCUUACAGACUCGAUCGAAGCAUCGCCUCUUCUAAACGAACUGAAUUGUGUCGAUGUAUUGUGUAAAACACUAACAAUUACGCGAACAAUUACACUUUUGGGGGACACAGAACAAACAUCUCCAGUGAUUGUAUUUUCUGUUGCAGCAUUCCAGUAUGAGGUCCUCUCUCUUCCUUCUGGUGGCGGCCAUCGUGGCUUUGACUUCUGCGGACAAGGUCAUCAAUGCUGCAUCAAAAGUACAAUUCUGACGCCUCCAGCACUUACAAAAAGAACGGAACAAGCUUCGCCAUCCGGUACGGUACCGGUAGUUUAACCGGAUACCUCAGUACCGACACUGUCACUGUGGCUGGCCUGGCUGUGAAGGACCAGACAUUCGCCGAGGCCAUCACCCAGCCUGGCGUGACCUUCAUCGCCGCCAAGUUUGACGGCAUCCUAGGCAUGGGCUACUCAGAGAUCUCCGAGGACGGCGUGGUGCCGGUCUUCUACAACAUGGUGUCCCAGAAACUGGUGGCACAGCCCGUCUUCUCCUUCUUCCUUGACAGCGUUACCGUUGGCAACAGCACGUACUGUAAGGGUGGGUGUAAGGCGAUCGCUGACACCGGCACGUCCCUGCUGGCUGGACCCACGGAGGAGAUCUCUCAACUCAACAAGCAGAUCGGAGCCACUCCUAUCAACCCCCAGGAGUACAUUGUGGAUUGCAGCAAGAUCCCUUCAAUGCCCAACGUGAACUUUGAACUUGGAGGUGCAACAUUCUCCUUAACACCAAAGCAGUAUGUUCUUCAGGUGAGCCAACAAGGCGUGACCCAGUGCCUGAGCGGGUUCUCUGGCAUUGACUUACCUCCCCCUAGAGGUCCCCUGUGGAUCCUGGGAGACGUUUUCAUUGGCCCCUACUACACCCAGUUCGACAUGGGCAAUAACCGAGUGGGCUUCGCUCAGUCCAAGCAGUGAGCCCAAAUGCCUCAGAAGCCAAAUUGUUCUGUCUUCUUUCUGUCUGUUUUGCUCAUGAACGGGGCAGUCUGUUGGUUUUUUUUUUACAGCACUUGAUCAAACCGUUUUCAGUCUAGUUUAAUGAAUUGGAGUAUCAAUUUAUUAAAACCUCUUUACCUCUACAUAUAGACUGAUAUUUGGUGGAUGUUGUUGUUGUUUUUUUGGGUGUAAUUUGAAUAUUAUUUUAGUUCUGUUUAUCACCCCCCCCCCCUUUUUUUGUUGCCAGUUUUUAAACACUCUCUUAAUCGUGUCUUUUCCCCUUAAUUUCUCUAAUUUGUUUAUUAUUCAGUCACUCUCUUGAGAUUCCCUGUUUCCAUGUUUUUUUUUCUUUUUUAUGUAUACCCACUUUCACCCGACAUCCCUCACCUCACCCCCCCCCCUUCCCAAUCCCUAAAUCUACUCCUUCAUUGAGUUGAUUGUCAUUAUUUAUUUUCUUUUAUAUUUUUCUUUUACAUUAGUGUUUUAUUGUAUUCUUUAAAAAUCAUUUUAAAUUAUUUGUGAACUUAAAAGGAGUAAGUUCCACUACAUUCUUUAAAAUCUUGUGUAUGUAUGUAUGUAUGUAUGUAUGAGUGUUCGUACUGUUGACUUGAGUAUCCACACUCAUUGUUUAUGUGCUGUUGUCCGUUAUGCAUUUAUGGAUUAUAGUUUUACUUUAGGUGCAAGCUCUCACGUGCGAGUGAUUGUGAAGCACUGUCGAUAAGAUCACAAUAAAGAAAUCCUUAACCUUUGU